GAGAGCUCGUGAAGGUGUGUUUGUACGAGGUGCCAGUGCUGACGGCUGGCGCUGAACUGUGGAUAUACGGAUUGGGCUUAAAAUGAAGGCUCUGCUUGGGCUCCUGUGGUGCUGCUGGCUCCUAACUCUCACAGUGGCAUCCGAGGCUGAACGCAUGCUACUGGAGGAUUUGUUUCAGGAUUACAACCUGAAGGUGCGUCCAGCGCGUAGCUGGAAUGAGCGAGUGAUGGUCCGAGUGGGAAUGACUUUAGUGCAGCUCAUCAGCUUGAACGAGAAGAAUGAAGAGAUGACAACAAACGUGUUCAUGAAUAUGGAAUGGACAGAUUACAGAUUAUCUUGGAAUCCCGCGGACUACGAAAAUAUUGAUGUUGUGCGAAUUCCUCCCUUAAAAGUGUGGCGUCCAGACAUCUACCUAAUCAACAAUAAUGAUGGUCAGUUUGACGUUGCCCUCUAUGUAAACGUGCUAGUGAGAAGCGAUGGGACCGUCUCCUGGUAUCCACCAGCCAUCUACCGCAGCUCCUGUUCCAUAGAGGUGGCGUACUUUCCAUUUGACUGGCAGAACUGCACAAUGGUGUUUCGUUCCUACACGUAUGAUUCCUCAGAAGUGGACCUUCAGUACGGUCUCGAUGAAGAUGGCAACGAGCUCCAUGAGAUAGUGAUUGAUGAGAAUGCAUUCACUGAGAACGGUGAGUGGCAGAUUUGUCACAAGCCCAGCAGAAAGAACAUCCACGAUGACUUGUAUGAGGACAUCACCUUCUACCUGAUCAUUGAGAGGAAGCCUCUGUUCUACAUCAUUAACAUCAUCGUGCCCUGCAUCCUCACCAGUGUGCUGGCCAUAUUUGUCUUCUAUCUGCCACCUGGUGCAGGUGAGAAGAUGACUCUGUCCAUCUCGGUCCUUAUCGCUCUCACUGUUUUCAUGCUGUUGUUGGCUGACAAAGUCCCGGAAACAUCACUUGGCAUUCCUAUCAUCGUUAAAUAUGUAAUGUUCACCAUGAUCCUGGUGACGUUCUCAGUCAUCCUUAGUGUGGUGGUCCUGAACCUCCACCACAGGACUCCCAGCACACACCACAUGCCCUCAUGGGUGCGAAAGGUUUUCAUCAACGUACUGCCCCGUUACUUGGGUGUGCUGAGGCCCCAAAUUGAGAAACCAGUGGAGGACGAGCCAAAAGAAAGCAUCCCAUUGGGUUGUCUGGACAAAGGUCUUAAACCUGGAGGUGAAUAUUUUAUCCGAAAGAUCAACCCAGAGCUGGUAUUGCCUUGGAGAGGAAGUCAUAACGAGAGCACUGUGAAGCUGCAGAGGUUUUCAAACAGUGACAACUAUUGUCUGAUUCUGCCUCCGAAUCUCAAAUCUGCAAUCGCCGCCAUCACGUACAUGGCUGAGCAAUUGAAGAAGCAGGAUGUGGACGAUACUAUGACAGAUGACUGGCAGUACAUUGCUGUGGUUUUGGAUCGGCUCUUCCUUUGGCUCUUUGUCAUCAUUACUACCCUGGGCACACUGGCCAUGUUUCUGGAUGCCAGUUUCAACUACACUCCUGACCAACCUUUUCCAUGAGCACAUCCCUUAAAUGACA